AUGUUAGGUGAUAGAAAAACUGUUGUUUUACGAGGCGGUGCUCCUUGGGGUUUUCGACUUUCAGGCGGUGGUCAAACGCCUAUUUAUAUUGCUAAGGUUCGAAGUCGAAGCAAGGCAGCAUUUGGAGGUCUUGCAACAGGUGAUACAAUUAUAUCAGUAAACGGUAUAUCUUCAUUACAACAUUCAUUACGUGAAAUAAACGAUAUAAUUGAUACUGUUCGUGAUCAAUUAAUUAUUGAAGUACAAAGUACAACAAAUACUCGUGUUUUUCGACUUGAUUCAAGUUCAAGUAUAGAUACAAGAGAAAGUAGUCCAGUUCGUCCAAUACAACGUAUAAUAUCACAACCAAGACAAAUGGAUUAUCAUCAAUAUACAUCAUCACGUACUACACCAACUUAUCCAUCGUACACAUCAACAUCAGGUACCAAUUAUUUCAAUAAUACUAAUUUAAUUAAUGAAGAUCAAUAUUUUAUGGAUUCUUAUGGACGUUCAAUGCCAAAUCCUUUACCAGCUAUGUUUCGUACAGCUACUAUAACAACUAAUUCACCAGCAACACCAAUAACUACAGCACGUGUACAACAAUUUAGUUAUCGUCCAUCAACAUCCAAUAGUACAUAUGAUACACCACGUAAUUAUAAUGAAACAAUAGCAAGUGGUUAUCUAUCUGAUACUAAUGAUCUUCGUCGUUCAUCAAUAUCUGUUCGUCCUACGAAUGGUACAACAAGUAAUAUUCGAUAUGCUAUUAAUCAACAACCAUAUCUUACACCAUCAACAACUACAUAUACUACAAAGCUCUCAUCAGGUAAUGAACAAAAUUAUUAUAGUGAUUCAGAAUAUGUUACAUCUGGUCCACGUUAUUAUAAAAUUACACGACAAGUUAAUACUAAUCGACGACCAAGUAAUGUUGUUUUACCAAUUCGUUCAAUAAUAAGUAAAGCAUAUGAUCAAUUUGUACCACCAGAACAACCAAAACCACCAGAACAACAAAUUUUUGAUGUGUAUCGUUAUCAACAAGAACAACAACGUCUUGAACGAGAACAUGAACAACGUGAAAAACGCGAACGAGAACGAGAACAACGUGAACGUGAAAGACAAGAACAAAUACUACGUAAAAUAUAUCAACAACAACAACAAGCAACUUCUAAUCGAUUUCAUUCAUCACCUAAAAUCACUAUACCAUCUCAAACAACUAUUGAUCAUGAACUUGGUGCUGAAUUAAUUAAAUCACCAAUUGCUAAUAAGAAGCGUUAUGCUGAUUCAAGCUUCUUUAAAACUCCAUUUAAUACUUAUCCAACUAUUGAAGAACAAAAACAAAUGGCACGUAAAAUAGCAUCAAUUCUUGAAGGUGGUGAUCCAACACAAAAAGGUUCUACAAAAUUUGAAAAACAACGACAACGAGUAGAAAAAUAUACUAUUGAAUCUGAUACAACAAAUUAUAGACCAUUACGUCCAUUACAAGCAAAUGAUUCAUUAUAUUCGAAUAGAAAACAACAACAACAACAACAACAACAACAACAACAACAACAACAAUCUUAUUAUAAUUCAUUUGAUGUACCUGAAUGUAUAAAACAUAGUUUAGAUGAAGCUCAAUAUAUAAAUCCAUUACGAUAUGUUGGAGCACCAGAAGAAUUUAAACAAAUUCAUAUGCAGGAACAUGUUACACAUACAAAUGUUCCUCCACAAGCUGCAAUGAGUCUUGUUGCUGAUUUAAAUCAAAAUCGUAGUAAAGGUGCAGCAUUAUUUCAAAAACGUAAAGCUCGUUCUGAAAAAUGGAUUAUUGAUGAAAAUAAUGUUAAAAAACAAGGCUAUCAAACAGCAUCAAAUUAUAUUGGACCAACUACUAAACCAUGGGGUCAACGUGCACCAUCAUGGUCUGACAGUGAAGGACCAAGUUUUUCACCUGUACGACCAACAUUUAAUCCUUCUCCGGGUUCUAUUCUUCCUGAAUCAAUUAUAUCGCCUACACCAAUACAAACAAUACCACGAUAUGGAGAUUUUAAUGCUAAACCAAAAGGAUUUGGUACUUGGCAUGCAGAAAAUCUAUCACCACGUGGAAGUAUUGAUGCUAGAAAACCGCUCAAUCUUAAUAUUGAACCAAGUAUUCGUGAAGGUAUUGCUGAAUCACAUACACGUAGUGCAUCUCAACCAUGGUCUCCACCAAAUACUUCUCAAUCUAUAUUUUCUCCAAAUCAACAACAAACAACAACUACUACUACGACAAAUCAUUUUAAUUAUCCAUCCGAAAAUCUUCAUUCAAAAUGGAAAAAUCAAGAUUAUUCAUCAUGGAAUCAAUCUAAAAUUCAAGAUCAACGUCAAUCACAAAUGCCAAUGACUCAUGAUGGUAUUGAUAAUUUACGUCAACGUCUUACGCAAUCGAAUCAAUCAUAUUCAUAUAGUGGAUUGAAUCAACGAAGCAGCAAUAAUACUAGUCCUAACCGAUAUCCUUCAUCUCAACGAUCACAACAACAACAACAACAACAUUUUACCGAUCUUUAA